GAGUUUAACUUUUUAAUUGCAAGUUAUUUUGAGAAAAAUUGCCCAUUUAAAAGAUUUGUUUAUCAAUAUGAACGAAAUUAUGAUUCAAAAAAAGAAAAAGACUGUCAUAUUCAAGGAUUUUUAUGGCUAAAAGAAGCAACCCGCAUUGGAGCAUUUCUAGAAGCAGGUGAAGAAUAUGGUAAAAAGAAAUUAAAAAAACCAAAAAAAGAUGGAAUUAAAAACUUAUUUCAAAAUAACAAAAUCAAUUUUGAACCAGUUAAUGAUUUUGAAGAAACUAUCGCAUAUU